CUCGUUUUUGUGCACAUUGUGAUUGGCUAGAUAUUCCUGUCCCUAUUUGUGAUUGGCUGCUUGCUUUUUUCUGUGACAGUCAGCAGCACUUUGCUGUUAUGCGUGAAUAUGUUUAAUUAAUUGAACUGUAGAGCUAAAGAAGGAUAUCAGUAACGCGCUUUUACAAUAAUUUUUGCCAUAAAAAAUAUAUAUAUGAAUACGUUAUAAGAUUUAAAUAAAUAUUUAAUUGCUCAGGUCAGGCUACAGCACCGCGCAGAUUCAGUCACACUGCAGCUACACCCGACACGAUGGCGAGAAUGAUGGGUUAAUGAAUUAGUAAUAAUAAAAAUAAUCAUAUUAAUACCAAUAACGUGCUGUUAGCAGUGGAUGGCCUACGACUCAGCCGGAGCGGAGAGAAGCGGGGAGGCGGCGUGGCUACUGCAACAGCAGCGGCACAUGCAGCAGCCGAAAGCGGGCUGGAGCCCCGGGUACAACCCGGAGAGCAGCUGGAGCGGAGCGAUGGACUCUAAUCCAUAUUGUGGCUAUCCACCAAACUACUGGUACCCUCAUUCGCAUACUGCUGGACCGUAUAGUAACACAUACCCCUCUGGAGCAGAGGUCAAUGGACAAGCACCGUACAAUCCCCAGGCAAUGUCAGGCUAUCCCAAUGGGGUGUACAAUCCAGGACAGUACUCAGCCAAUAUGAUGCACCCAUCCAAUCCGUUCUACUGCAGUGAGCAGAUUCCUCCACGGCAACCACCUCAGUAUCAUAAUCAGGGCUGCGCUGAUCGGCCCGCGGGGAAUUCUACUCAGCCUCCCUAUGCUGUACCGCAUUGCCAAGGGGGUCCUGGAUAUCCCCCUAAUUCGUACCCACACUAUGGAGAUGGAUGCCCCUCCAACCCUGGGUAUCCCACCCAGCAGGCCAUGCACUCAAGGCCCCAGCCUGAAGCCUGGCCCCAUUCAGGCGGAUAUGGGCCAACACAGCCUCAACAGCAGUGGCAGCCUGGCACCCAGCCAGCUCACGGGCCAUACGCUAACCAUGCUAACCACGUCCGACCUCCACAUCCUCCACCCUGGCAGGGGCCUGCGCCACCUCCAUAUGAACAUAAGGAACCUCCAUAUCCCGGUCCGCCAGUGCAUCCUCGAAACCAGGCUUCGGGCCCCAAACCUCGACCCAACACCCCAAACCCGAACCCGGGCCAGCCCAAACCUUCUGAGUACAGCGCCCCUCCUCAGAUCUACAACAGAGCAGCCUCUGGUGGCGGAGGCGUGAAAGGCGGCCCAGAACCCAAACCAGCGCCGAAUGACCCGCCUCCAGCAAGCUCUACCCCUACGACGAUCCCCUUCAGCGAUAACCCCAGCCUGGCUCGAGUCCAGCAGGUCCUGGCCAGAGUCCAGCUGCUCGAAGAGGACGUGGAUGAGUUUGUUGGCAAAAAGACGGACAGAAGCUACCGCUGCCUGGAGGAGCUGCUGACCAAAGAGCUGCUGGAGCUGGACUCAGUGGAAACCAACGGCCAGGACAGCGUCCGGUACGCUCGGAAAGAGGCUGUGCAGAAGAUCCAGGCCAUCCUGGACCGCCUGGAGAAGAAAGCCUUCUAGCCCUAGUACCAGCCAAUAGAGCGUCAGAGAUAGUGGGUUUGAUUGACACUUGGUUUGCUCGAUUUUUGUUCUUUUGGUUUUGGGGUUUUGUUUAUAGUUUUGUUUGUUGGGAUUGGGUGCAGCAUACAGGAUGUUUUAUAGAUCAGUAAGUAUCUAAAAGUCAGUUUUUGGGGUGGGUGUUUUUGUCAAAAGCAGGAUUUCUCCGUUACCAGAUAAAUUAAAACAGGAUUCUGCAUGAUUUCAUGUUUGAGAUUAAAACAGCCAUAGCUUGGUUUGGUUAAGGAUAAAAUUGUGAUUCAUUGUAGAGAAAAUUAGAUUCUGAUUUCUUUACAGUGGUGGUGAAUAGCAGCAGAUGAGCCAUGAGUACUACACAAAUAUAGCAAUUUUAUUCACUAGUCAAACCCACCAGUGAACCUGCACAUGAGUUUUAUGUGGAUUUAUGAUGAUGGUUAUAGUGGCAGUACGUGACUAAUAAACAUUUAUUUGGUCUCGAUUUUUCUUUUUUCAGCUUUGCCCUGCAUAUAUCCCUCCACAAUAAAUGGAUUGUAUGACCAAAACUAUAAGAACAAGAAGAGUCUCAUGCAUUAGUUUUCGUAUCCAUUAAGAGAAAUAACUUUCUAUAAGGGAUAUUUUAGUGGUUCAGAUGUCCUAUUCCAUUCACCACCACUGUAAACAAUUCUGAUUAUGUAUGAUUCAUCACCUGACCUGCCUCACGUCAUCACUGGGUGAGCUGUGUGUGGUUUGCAUUACUAAAGAGUACUGUGAAAAGGUUUUAGAACCUAGAAUGAGAAGCUUCUAAUCUGAGCAGUAAGUUAUUAUUUCCUGAGUAAAUCACUAAUGUUAGAGUAAAUAAAUAGCAAAAAAUCUUAUAUUGCUGGGAUUAAUCAUUGUAAAUCAUCUGAUUAUGUAUUUAAACCUCUGCACAGUACUGUAUGACCAUCUAAGCUUCUCUUAGUGAAUGACAGUGUGUUAGACAAUCCAGUAUUUUUGUCUUAGACUAAUAAUAACUCAGAUUCUUGAAAGCAUCUUUUUGUUGAGGUUCGUGUAAGUGGUAGAGAUGGGCUCAGUUUUCCAGACAGGGAUUAAGCCUAGUCUUGGACUGAACAACAUUUUAAAUAGAGAUUUUCCAUUGAAAGAGAUGUAUAGUUUUAAGACUAGGCUUAAUUCCUGAUUGGAAACACUGUGUUUUUGUGCUUAGAUGUUACAGAAAUCAAGUCUAGACUAUUUAGAAAUCCUGCCUUUCUUAAACACCCUCCUUUACAUGGAUUAAGCCUAGUUUUAGACAAAAAAAAUCCCUACCCCAAUGUUUAGGGUAGAUGAAUGUUAUUUACUAAAUGAAUAUAGGAUGAGAUUAAUUGUCUUGGUUUAGGCUUAAUCUAGGUGUGCAGAUACUGACUCUGUGUAUUUGUUUCUGGCUGGGUCAUCUUUUCAAUCAUAAAAAAGAGAAAAAUCUAUCACUCUCUGUGCCAUAAACAUAAACACAGUUUAUAUAAGGAUAGGAUUGGUUUGACCGCUGACUGAAGUUGCUGGCUGCAUCUAAUGCAUUAAUUUCAGUGUACUUUAAACCUGUGUAGUAGUUAUAGAGCAGUCCGUCACAUUACAUACACACUCAUUCAGGCUAUUAAGUGGUCCUAACAGUGUCUGUUAAGUCAUGUAGUCCUAAGGGUGUGCCAUAGAAGCUACACUGAUCAAUACGUCCUUCAUAAACUGUUGUUUGCAUGUAUAUUUCACACUAUUCUUGGUCACUGCCAUGCUAGAACUCGCUGAAGGGAGGUCAUUUCCGCCACUUUUCUUGAACCAGUUGCAGAAAACCACAAGUCAGGAAUAUAAAUAUAAAAUAUUACUACUUCUACUUACUAUAUCAAGCCAUUGCUUACUAGUAGUUAAUGCCAGUAUACCCUGCAAUAGUGGCACAUUUAUUAGGGGAUAAGUGUGAUUUCUCAGUUAACAAGACACAAAAGUUUUUGUAUGAUUAUUCUAAUGGAAGUCAUUUGCCCCGUUUUGGUCUGUUAUAAUUGCAGAAAAAACAUAGUCAUAAAUAUAAACAUGAAAUAUUAUUACUUCUGUUAUGGUUCUGUUAAACCAUUGCUUAGCAGUAAUUAUUGACACUCUACCCUGCGAUAACAGCUAAUUUAUAAGGGGAUAAGUAGGACUUAUGAGUUCAUUUGGAAAUGGUAGUUAAAACCUAACCUAUUUAAAAUUACAGAGAAAGUGUAAUUGUGUGUAAUUCACAUUAAAUCCAGAAAUCCUCAUUAUUAUUACUGUUAAAAUACUUUACAUAUUUGAACUUGUAUACAUAUUUUUUAAUUCUGUUUGCAGCAUGUGUAGCAUGUGGUAGAUUACCACAGACAAUAAUUUUAUUAUGUUUCCUUGAAAUACAGGGCAUCCAAUUAAGCGUAACAUUUUGACCACCUCCUUGUUUCUAUAUUCACUUUGUAGUUCUAUAAUUACAGACUGUAGACUUUCUGUUUCUCUGCAUAAAAUACCACCACAGAGCAGCUAUUCUUAGAACAGCAGUGGCAUUAGCAUGUUGGUGGUUAGUCUGCAUUGUGCUUGUACUAGUAGAUCAGAUACAGCAGUGCUGCUGGAGUUUUUAAACACUGUGUUCACUCACUGCCCAGUCUAUGAGGCCCAAUCCCAUUUCACCUGUUGGCCCUACAACUUACCCCUACCCCUUCUUCUUCUUUUUUAACUUAUAAGAAUCCACCACUACCUGAGAAUUGGGACAAACCUUUAAGCACUAGCUGCUGGUUAACUAGUUAACUUUAGAGCAUUGUGUGUAUUCAGAAAGGGGGGAGAUGGUGCAGAAAUUAAAUAUUAUUGUCCAUUCCUUAAGUCCUGAAAUUAGCUUUAAUUUUAUUUUAUUACUUUUUUAUGCUUGUUACUUUUUAUUUUAUUACUUUUUUAUGCUUGUUAUAAAGAAUUCGGCCAUAAAACAUUGAAACUACACAUUGAACUGUGGCAAUAUAGAGCUAACCGUCACUUUUAACAAGGAAAAUGCUUACAUUUGUGGGUUUCUUUGGUCGCUUGUUCCACCAUCUUACCAGAGAUUCUCAUAUCCCUCAGUUAAAAGUGUGCAUCUGAAAUAUUUCCGUAUGAAGGGCUAACAAGCCCUAUCCUUUUCCCCUACCCUUCCAGCCUGACAAGAAUUAGGACACCCCUAGCCCUUGGUGUGCACAUGCAAACAGAGGGGUAGGGGUAAGAGGUAGGGCCAAGGGGUGAAAUGGGGUUGGACCUUAAGACACACGUACCUAGCUGCUCUGCUAUGUAAAAGUAAAGUAAAAAAACAUAACCUUAAUUAGUCCUGGUCAUUUUAAGUCCUUCAUCAAUGGUCACAGGGUUCAGCCCACAGAAUGUUGAUGGACUAUUUUCGGUCCAACAAUGCCAAUGAGGUGUACAAAAACUCCAGCAACACUGGCUGUGCAACACACUUACACUAAGCACUUCCCAAAUAAUAUCUGCUCUGUUGCAGUCUUGUGGGUUUCUGACAAACAGGGUGAAAGAAGGAAAAUAAAGUCUGUAAUAUUUAUAGAAUUACAAAGUGCUCCUAUAAGCUUAGUGGAGCUCUGGAAAAAAAUAUCGGGUGUAGAAACAAGGAGGUUGGCAUAAUGUUAUGCUUGAUAUGUGUAUAUCUGUCUUAAAGGUGCAGUAACAUAAACAUCCUGUUGAAUUCUAAGGGAUAAAAAAGUCUGGAAAUCCCAUUUGGAAAUGAAUUUAGACUGUGUUUGGUCCAUAAACCCAUACAGAUCUUAAAAGUCAAGAUACAAGCUCUUAAAUAUUAAUACAAGCCUAGUUAAAUAUGUUAAAUGGUCUUGUAUAGAUAUUUUGGUUAACAGGCUUUUUAGUCGGUCUAGUAAUAGACUAUUCUUUUUAAAUGCUGAAGAGCUGUUUUUGUGGAAGUUUUACCGUUCUGUGUUACACCUCCAGGAGUACAUACAUGUUCAGCACAUGACAAGCAAUACUAACAGGCCUUUUUCAAGGGUUAACAUCAUUUUAUCGGUUUUAUUUCUUGUUUAUUUGUCAUUUAUGGGAGUGUUUGUCAUUAUUUUGAGCAGUUUCUCAACGUGUCGUGAAAUCAGUAAAGCCAGUGUUCUGUCCGACCUGUGGGCCUCAAAAAUGUGAGUGUUUACAAAUGUGUGGACUAGGCCUUUUUUAGCGCAAUGUAAAAAUUUGUAUUUAUAAAAAAAAAUCAAAGAGGGAGCAUGGACAGGGAGGACUGGACAUUUUCUGUGCGUACUAAUAAUAAUAAUAAUAAAAAGAAAAUAACAGGGGGGAAAAUGAUGAUAACUUUAAUGCCACUGUAUUUAAUACUUUGCACCAAAGUCACUUUCACCCUGGACCAUUCAACAGGUCUUCCUCCAGUCGCGAAGGAUGUUUUUUUAAGAGAAAACUCUAUUGUGCCAUGUUAUCGGCAGGUGCUUUUCAUAUACGAUGAUAAACUGAAAUAUGAUAUACUGAAGUAACAAUAAGUUGAAGGUUUCUGUCUAAAGCUGUUGUUCUCUGCAUGUAAUUAGUCUAAUUAAUUUGUUGUGUGUGAUCUCUCCCCCCUUUCCCUCUAUAAUUCUGUACAAUCUCAUUAUAUAAACCUAAACAUUGUAUAAUAGACAAAGCUUUACAAAAAAAUGAGAGUAUAUUUGUAUAACAUGUACAUAGGAAACACCUGAACUCCAAAAUAGGACCAAAACCUGCUUGCUGAGGUUUCCAAUGUAAUGCAUGUUUUUGAACACAAGAGGGGAUGUUUUCCCCCAAUUUAAUGACAGUAGGCUGCUCACAAUAAAAAAAAGAAAUCACAAGACAUUGAAAUAA